AUCAUUAAAACACAUAUAAUCUCUCUCUUUCUCUCUCUAACUAGCGCCAUGACUUCUCAUGUCUCCGACCAUGCCUCGAGUUCUCGAUCUCUUGUCUCCAUCUAAGAACCCUAAUUUAUCUUCACUCCUCCGUCUCCCCUGAUGUUGAGAUCAUCAAUAACCCUUUGCGUCGCUUCUCUCCGGCUUUCUUUGGCUUUUCCGGUCACCGGACUCUGCCAUGGUUUCUGCUGCUGAAUCCUCUUCCUCCACGUCAACGCUUCUUCUUCCAUGUGCGUUUGCCAACAGUUUUGCUUUUAUGAGGUUAUUACAAAAAACUCAUCACUUCUCUGCCGUCUCUGAGGACGACGACAACAACAAAGACAUUCACUUAGGAUCUGAUCAUCAUCAGGCAAAAGAUAAUAAUCAUCACCAAGUUUUUAGGAGAGAGUGUAGUUUCAUGGCCGAUCAAGAAGAGCCGAGGAGUACUACUUCUAGGUUAAGCUCCAAGGAGGACGACCACGACAACAAUAGCAAUAACAACAAUAUUAAUAAUAAUAACAACAACGAAGCCGAAGAUCAUGAGAUGAGACAACAAGGGUGGCUCCGGUUAAGCUUAGGUCACGAGGAGGACGUUAAACCGGAUCUCGACCAUCGGCAGCAACAUCAAACUGAUCCAACGGCUAGGAGAGACUCUUUUCUAGAGCUUAACCUUUCCUCUGGCGGUUCAAAUAGAGAAGAAGAAGUUGGUCUUCCAUUGUCAUCUCUCUUUCAUCAUCAGCAUCAAGCCGGAGGGAUGAUGAUUAAUCCAUUGAUGUUCCAUACAAGGCCUCAGGAUAUGAUUGGUCCUUGGGCGGCGGCUGCGUUUAGAACGCCUUUUGUCCCACAAAACCUAACACAACCAUCAUCAUCAUCAUCUGGUUCUUUGAUGAUGCCAUUGAUGGGACAGUACUUUGGUCGCUCUAGUUUUCAGCCGCAGUUAAUAGGGAAUGAUAACCCGGAUGGGGUGGCAGGUCCAAGCUCGAGUUUAAGAGUCAUUGAUCCUCCCAGACGACCCCAUUCCGGCAUUUGGUUUCUCCUUCAAGCUUCUCAAAACCAGACAGUAGAACCAUUCUUGCCUCAGAUUCCAAAGAGCUACUUGAGAAUCAAGGACGGGAAGAUGACUGUUCGACUGUUGAUGAAAUAUUUGGUGAAUAAGUUGCGAUUGGAGCACGAAUCCCAGCAGGUAGAGAUAAGAUGCAGAGGGCAAGAACUGGAGCCAGUGUUGACACUACAACACGUGAGAGAUGCUAUAUGGAGAGGAAGCAGAGACACUUCUUCUCUUUCACAAAACAUUACUUUGCUUCCAAACUCAUCUACCUCUGAUCAUCUCAUGGUCCUCCAUUAUGGUAGGACUAUUUCUUAACUAUUUUAUACUCUAUUUUAUUUAUUAUUUUUAUAUAACACCAUAUUCUCAAUAAAAAUAACUGCCCACCAUUUCUUCUUCUACCUUUUUUAAAGAAACUCAACAUCCCACCUUCUUCAAUUGUUUUUCCCAGCUUCUUUUUAUUUUUUUUGGUGGGUGGUCUCGAUUAUUUAUUUUCACUUAAGGCUUUUCCUUGGUGCGAUUUGUCCAAUGAGCAAGAACGAAAGAGUAUCUAAUUCUGUAGGAGUGCAUACCCCGAUUGAUGUCUUUUAUUCUUGUAUCUUCUGGGGUUGCGAGUAAUGUUAACGCAUGAAAACAC